CAUAGACAUGCAAAGGUGAUGACAACUGAGUGAGAAAUCCAUUGAACACGGGAACAAGUUGCAAAGCCGCGCCUGCUUCUCGAUUCAGUGAUUGAGCGACAUUGAUGCGCAUUCGCCGACUAGAAGUGUUACUCUCGCUGGUAAAAUCCACCCCGUCUGAUGUGGACCCAGUGGGGCCCAGAGGGCGUUGGCGAGUGGCUCCGACGGUUGGGCGCACCUUCGAACGUGGUAGUGAGGAUUUUUGAAGAUACAACUACCCGGUGAUGUUUCCUUGAGGAUGAGUAGCGUUCUACUAGUGCAUGCAUUGCAAAAUCAAGAAUAAUGAAGACGCGACCGGAUUUGGAUUUCAUUUUUCGGCGCUAUUUGCAACAAACAUCUUGCAAGAAUCCACACUGAUCAAAAUUGAAUCCACCCCCAGGUCGCCGCCUUCGUGGAGGAGAAAGUGGACGGUCCAACGCUCUCCGCCUUCACCAACGAGGACGACAUUAAGCAGUUGAUCCCGAAAGACGCGGCUCUGCGCAAACACAUCUUCCACUCCAUCCAGGAACUCGUGAAGCCGCAGGGCGUGCAGAACGGCCAAGUUUUUCACGACGUGGAAAUCGAGAAGUUUACGAGUCCUCUAUUACAAUGAAAAAUGCCCCCAGAAGUCGCAGUCCGGAAUUUGCAAAAGUUUCUCAUGCAAGGUUUCCAAAUGAAAGUUUUUUGUCUUGCAUGAAAGGACUACGAGCCUUUGAAAGGACUACGAGCCUUUCUGAUGCACAAUCUCAGCGCGCAAGGUGUCUUUUGCAUAACAGACCCGGCUGCUGAUGGGCUCCUUUGCAACACAAAUUUGAGCUAUUCAGCAUCGCAAAUUUGUGAUGCUGAUACAUGCAAGACGGGGAAUGCUUCCAUUGGAAAGGUCUGCAAUACAAAUGCUGCCAAUUUCUGGGUUGGGGGCAUUUUUCACUGUAAUGUCCUCUGUCCUCCAAGUCGGAUCUUUCCCCCGAGUCGAACAAUUCCAGUCCGAAAUCGACAAAAUCCCACCCCUUUUCGCCGAAAAAUUUUCCCGGCGACGGAGCCGAGCUCGGUGGCAUGAUGGUGCAACAUUUGAGUCCGAAGACGGCGCUGAGUUCUCAGGAAAACGAGAUUUACAACUCGGCUUAUGAUGACGAGCUGAUGCAGCAGCAGCAGCAACCAGAAGCUGCAGCUGGGACAGCGAAUCAAAUAAACAAACACUCCCGCACAAAAUCCUACGAGGUUGACGAGUACAGUUUUUCCGAAACGGAGGGCCCAGGAGGGCCGAAUAACCGGAUCACAACCACUUCCGACGGCACGGUACGGGAAACGCUGAUGCACGGGAGUCCCAGCUUAUGACAGUGCACAACCUCCCCUCCCCCUCAUUUGCAUUGCAUGAACAGCAGGACAAACACCAGCACACAUAUAGCCUAUGCAUGACAACUUCAUGCGCCUAUUGUAGUACUGUUUGGGCUUCCGGAAUCUGUCAUGCAAACAGUGCCACAGGGAAGCAGUUGGGUUUGGGGUUUUGCAUGACAAAUGAGGGGGAGGGGGAGUUGUGCGCUCUCAUACAGCUUCGGCAGCCGACAGGCGAUCUCGCCGCCGCCGGACAUGAAGGACGAAAUAGUAGAUGAAAACGUCAAAACGAAAACCGCAGCAGAUGCAGUAGACACAAAUAAUAGCAACCCGCUUUUCAUCACCCGGCCGUCUGUUCACCGGGACGAGAUGGAAAGCGCGAUUGCGAAAGAGUACCACAACAUCGAAUCUUUGAACAGCGAUGGGAAGAUACGCAUGGUUUCGUCCGCCGAUGAGGACACGGAGAAGUCGCCGGAGAUCGGGGAGUUGCUGAUUGCAGAGGAGAAUGAGCUCUCUUUCGACGGAAAGGUAGUGCCGAAGGGAUCGUAUGGGCAGAGCCAGAAGGUGAUGAACGCGCUGGGAAUAAAUAAGCCAUCAACUACUACAACAUCAUCGUCGAACAAAAACCCAACCUCUGGCUUCACCACCACCACUUCGAGUAGCAGUAGAAAACCGAACCCGUUUCUCCCAACCUCAGACGAGGACGACAGCAAGUCCGCAUCGACAGAUAAACAGGCCUUGACCUCGACAAGGUCCAGGACCCCGCCGAAUGUCGAUAGCAAUAAUUACGUCGCGAUGAAUUAUCAGACGGGCUACUCACCUGCGUCGAGUUCGAGCUCGAGAAGAGGUAGUAAUAGAUUAGUCGGCAAGACUAACCCGCAGAUUGUCGUGAAUACCGUUUCCUCCCCCGACAGCGUGAAUAGUCAACAAGAGCAGUACGCCUAUCCCAACAUCCCGAAAGGCCGCCCGUCCGUCGGCAGCCCACGACCCGCGGAGGACCCGGGAUUUAAUAUUACGUCGUCUGCUUCGCCGCAGGAGAAUUUAUCGACUAUCUCUUUCGACGAAAACAGCUCGAUCCAAAGCAUGAGCACGACGCAGUUGCAGCUGCAAGUGGACCAGUUGUCCGAGCAGGAGAUGCAAAAGGAGAUACCGGUUUUGUUGCAGCAGCUGCAGGAAUGGCGAAAAAGUGUCAAAAAAGGUGGGAAAAAGCACUUCGCCGCGUUGAAGAAGGUGCAGAUGUACGCAAAAGCGCUGGACAACGCGAUGGGUGGUGCUGGAACUGGUGGAGCUGCGGGUGGUGGGAAAAAACGAAAUAGCAACAACUAUCCCAGCACUUCGAACAAAUCAGACCUAAUUUCGAAACUCCGGGGGCCCGCCUGGAGCGGUUUGGUGGAACAGGAAAGGAGCAAUGAGGAGGCAAGGGUGGAAUUUUACCGGAUGCAGCACACGGAGAGAACGGUACUUGUGCGGUUUGGUUUGUGAGACACUUGAUAUUGGAUUUGGAUGGUGCACGACUGGCUGUGAAUGUGAUUCUGCACGAAAAAGUGUUUGCCUUUUCCGAUCCUCAGAGCGUCAAUUUAUGCAUCACAAACUCUCUAACUCUAACUCUACCAGGAAUACCACGAGCUGAUUGAGAAGUGCAAAACGACCGAAUCCGCCAUGGGCAACGAUUUGAUCGCGUACAGGGCGUUUCUGGAUUCGUUGGAAAAGGCGUUUGAAAAAGACCUGGCGAUCAAGUCCACCUAUUCCAAGGGGAGGAUCCUCCCCACUGCGGCUUUGCUGGGAACUGGCGGAAAAAAACGAAGAAAAAAGAGCGGAGUAGAAGACGAAUCUUCUGCAGGUCGGGACAAGGAGGGAAAUAAAACUACAUCUGCGAGUAGUAGCAAGAGCAAGGUACGGGCGGCGAAGGCGAAGAGGAAGAUGGAGCAGUCUUCGUUUCUGACAAAUCCGCAGUACCACGAAGACAAGGAACUGGUGGACCAGAGAGCGGAAAUUGUAUAAUUUCUUCGUGAUUGUUCUAGUUCUACUCCCAGUCCCACUGCCGUGCCACUCCUCCAGCCGCUUCUGAGCAGAGCAUCGACUGCCUGGACAGCCCGCGUGCUUUGUCUCGUGCAGAGCGCUCCACAAUCGGGCGCGCUUUCUGGCGAGACUUUUCUCCGAGCCCGUGUUUAGCGUACGUAUUCUGGCGACCCUGUUUGCGCGCUGCCCAUUUGAUAAGAGCGUACGGGUAGUGCAGUCUAUCUGCAUAAAACUGCAGAAUGCGCGCGCCUGUCCAAUCCAUCAAUAUGCUUCGCGCUGGGCGGUGCGGCGGUCCGAGGGGUGCACCCGAGGAGGAGCUAGACCCUCUGGUGAUUCAGGUGUAGCGUGUCGAGUUCAAAAGCUCUGGCAGCCCGUGCGCUUUUCUCGGGGGAACUCAAUAAGCUUCGCUUCAGUUUCGCAGCUUUUACCCGAUUUGCCGCGUUUAGCAGGGUCUAUUCUGGCUACCCUGUGCUCGGCUUGCCCCACGGAUUACUUUGCACGCGGGUAGCGCAUUCUGCGCGAAUCUGCGAUGCUUGCGCGCCCUGUGUGAACCGGCGAACACCUCGCUCUGCGCGUGGUAGCUGCAGGCCCUCGCAGCUUAGGGGGCGCUCCCCGCGUACGGUGUUCCGGGCCCUGCGGGUGCACAUUGUGAGGCUCUCAGAAGCUGAAGAUCAAGGUGUAGCGUGUCGGGUGGAGAGGGCCCUCUGCCUAGGCAGUCCGCGUGCUUUUUAUUUUUCAUAUCCUGCUUCUGUAGCAAAAACGCACUUCCAUUUCGUAUUAAGGGCUCUGCGUGAGAAAAAGUACACUACUGUACACAGAUUGCCUACCUCGACGGCAUGCGGCAAUUGAACGCGGAGAUGGAAAUUUACGAGGGAAAAUUAGGCAGGAGAGAAGGCUGCAUUUCUGACUACGUCAGAAGAGACGAAUUGGGGAAGGAGGUAUAAGUAAUUUUCUUCAUGAUCUUCUGUGAUGCAGCAUGAUUCAAAUUCUGCAUGCGAAUUCAAAAGGUUUCAUUCAAUCAUUGGCGUGUACUACAACUAGCAUGACAAUUUACCAUGAUGGUCUACUUCUCUUGCGAAAUUUGAAUCACAAAAAUAUCAGCUCCAAAACCGGCUUCCCGAUCCAGGAUCCAUAUCAAAUGUAAAAAUGUCUCCUGGGUCUGGACGAAUGCAAGAUUUGUGAUGCAGGUUUUCCAUGACCCAUGAGGUCUGGAAUGCGAGAUCCAGUAUGACAGAUUUUUUGAGGUCUCUACCAUGCCUUUCCUGCAUGAGAAACUCCCUUUCAACUUGGUCAAAAGCGGACAGCUUUUGGUACUCACGCAACACAGAUUUUUGCAUCAUUCAGAUUUAGCAUAACAAGUUAUAACCUUCCAGACCCAGACAUUUUUGCACUUGAUAAUCCACCGGUAUGUCACAAACUGAACGGGACAUGCUCAACGAGCAGUUGCACGCGUCUAGUGCAUAUGGUUUGUAAAAAUGUCUGGGUCUGGAAACUUGUGAUGCUGGGUGGCGUAUCAUGAGGAGGCCACAAGUGCUGGGUCAGCAUGACAAGUUUCUGAGCUUCUAUAUGAUGCCGAUUCUGCAUGACAUUGACAAACUGCGUUUUUGCAUGACAGAAAAGUGGGGCUCUUGAGUAACGUGCAUGACAGAUUUAAGAGUCAUGCCAGACAAGCAUGACAAACUUGCACUCUUCCAGACCCAGACAUUUUUCCAGUUGAUAGUGCAGAACUCGCGGAGCUCGUACACCUGGUUCUGCAGAUGGAAAAGCAGGAGGAAGCGUAUUUGAAUUCUGAUACACUUCGACUGCUCAUCUCAUGGAGAUUCCGAUAUCGGAAUCGGUAUCUAUUGGCAGCCGUGCGGAGGUCGCCGAAAAAUAGAAUCGCUCCUCAGCCGUGCGGAGGCACUUUUUCAGAUUUUUUCAGUGCUUUUUGCAGUAGUGGACGCUGGCCAAUUUGCUAAAAUUGCACUUUUUUUUUUCUUUGUCUUCGCGCGUUCUGCCAACUACGAAUCGCUCCUCAGCCGCGAAGGGGAGCUUUUUUUGAUUUUUUCGGCCAUUUUUCAAGCAGGAGACCCUGGCCAAUUUUCAAAAACUGCGAUAUUUUUUUCGUUUGUCUCACCCGUUUUGCCCCGUUUUGCCGUGAUGCCAUCACCAUACCAUACCAUGAUACUCAUCAAUCGCCUCACAUUACAGUGCCGCCCAGGAAAACGCCUCCGAAGCGGAGUACAUCCGCGGUAUGUGGGACCAGAUACAGGCUUUUGUCCAAUCUCGGUCUUCGUUGAACAGCGGCACGACGAGCACAACUUUUGGGGAAAGCAACAACCUCCCUUCCAGUACAGCCAGUAAUGACAGAACAACCACCACCUCCUGCCAAACCGAGCUCUCCGCGUUCGCAAAGCCGGUAGUGCGCAGGCCGCAGACGGGCGCCGCCGUGAAACAGCUGCCGCCGACGACCCCAACGACACCGGUCGUUCCUGGUUUGAGCGCCCGACCACUCUCUUCUAUGCAUUGCAAAUAUGUCUGAGUCUGGAAACUUGUGAUGCAACUCUGUGAUUAAUGAGCUCACUGCAAUAGGUGACCAAGCAUGACAAGUUUUUGAGCUCCUGUGUGUUGCGUAUUUCGCAUGGCAGGCUCCAUUUUUGCAUGACAGGCAAGAGGAUCUUUUCGCGCCUAAGCAUCACAGAGUUAACACUCAUGCCAGACAAGCAUGACAAGUCUUGCAUUCUUCCAGACCCAGACAUAUUUGCAAUGCAUAUCUUCCCGCGGAACGCCGAAUGGUGGACACUAUCCGCCGAACAGCGCGAGAGGCAGCAGAAACAGCCGGGAAAGCUACGGAGGCGGGCACAACAACGGAGGAGGACCGGGAGUGGCGGGAAGUAGCAGAAUGGCGGGGGGAGGGAACGCUUCGCAGAGGACGCGGACGAGGAGUUUGGAUCCUCCACGAACCAGGUCGAGAGGCCUUGUGCCCGCGCCGUUUUAGCGGUUUGGAUUUUGGGGAAAGGGAAAGCGGGCAAGAUUGGUGUCAAGAUGAUUUUGCUUAUUUUCGAAUUUUUUGAUUUUGCACAAAGAUGUACCAUCCAGUUUUCUCGUAACAUUACACUCGUAACGAUUUUUCAGAAAGGAAGGAGGUACAAAGAGCCCUCAGUUUCUUUCAUUUAUAUUCUGCAACAUACACGCCAAAGAAAAAGCAUCGACAAUAUUGCACCUGCAUUGCGCGCCGCACAGAGACUUCUACAGACUUCUGGAUGAAAAUAGUUUUUCAAAAAUCGGCAGCGAAGAAACAAAAGAACUUCGCAUAUUAGGACCUCGUAGCCUCGUCGUCAACCUCGUUCACUAGUGAUCGAACUGCGUGUUUCUGAUUUUCGUCGAACGACCUCUCUUUGAGCGUUCUGCAGUCCCAGUCGAGUUUUCCGCUGUCGGCAUAGUACGCGUGACCACUACCACGUCGUGAUUUUGACUGAGAUUGGAGAAGAGCUAUUUCCAC